UCGAGUCGAAGAAAAUAUCAGAACAGAAAGGCAAGGGAGGCUUGGUGGUGAUAAUGGGCUAAAUUUAAUCUGUGCAAUUCGUUAUCCUGGCUGGUGCCUUUAACUCUAUUAUCAGACCGACUCUUUUUGUUGUGUGCACCAUACUGUGUGGCUCACGCAGUCGCAGAGUGUUUCUUCCUCACUCACUCACUCCCUCCCUCUGCCUCCUUUGGCAACCGCCUUUCUCUUAUCCCGAAUUCAACCUGCUGUUGGGUUCUCUCUGAAUUCAGUUUCUGACUUCUUCUUUGACUCAACUGGUCUCUCCUCAGUUGUUGUCUGUUUAAAUGGUAAACAAACAAAGUUAUGUAUUCUCGGUUUCUGCGCUAAGCUGUUCUUAAGUUCGGGAUUUGGCUGAAUGAGCUCCCAUGCAUUUACUUGGCAACUCUUUAAUGCAUAUAUUUCUUAGCAGAGAUUGCUGCUACACAGCCCGCCUUCCAAAACCAUCUGGGUACACUCAGGGCUCAGGCCCCUCUUCAUGGUAAAGUAACUUCAAGACCAUUUACUUAUGGAAAUGAGAAGAGAUUGUUCUCUGCUUGGAGAUUUCUGGACAUAACUAAAAAUUUGAACUUUAACAAGUGGCACCAUGAAAUGCCUAGCUGUAGACUUGUUAUUAAGGCAGUUGCUACUCUUGAACCCACAAGUGUGGUUAAGAAUGAAGAUGCACACUCUGGUCACAACAAUUCAAAGCUGGGUGUAGAUGCAAGUCUUCCAAAAGCUCAGCUCAAAACUUUUGAUGAAAAUUCUACAGAAUUGGAUGAGAGAGAGAAAUUGAGACGAAUGAGGAUCUCUAAAGCAAAUAAAGGGAACACGCCAUGGAACAAAGGCAGGAAGCACAGUCCUGAAACCCUUCAGCGGAUCAGAGAGGGAACAAGGCUUGCAAUGCAGAAUCCUAAGGUCAAAAUGAAGUUGGUUAACCUUGGACAUGCUCAAACCGAAGAGACAAGGAUAAAAAUUGGGGUUGGAGUACGAAUGGGAUGGGAAAGACGACGUCAGAAGCUACUGGUGCAGGAAACUUGCCACUUUGAAUGGCAGAACUUAAUUGCAGAAGCUUCAAGACAAGGCUCUGUUGAUGAGGAAGAGCUGCAAUGGGAUUCCUACAAGAUCUUGGAUGAACAGCUUAAGCGUGAGUGGUUGGAGAGUGUCGAACUGAGGAAAACAAUGCCUAGGCCAAAAGGAAGCAAGAGAGCACCCAAGUCUCUUGAGCAAAGGAGGAAGAUAGCAGAAGCAAUCUCUCGAAAAUGGUCUGAUCCUGAGUACCGCGAACGGGUUUGUUCUGCUUUGGCUAAAUAUCAUGGCACACCAGCUGGAACAGAAAGAAAGCCCAGGAGAAGACCGACUAGUGAAGCACAGUCCACAAGAAGAAGCCCUGCAAAGAAAAAAGUUGUUGCUGAAUACAGUUCUCCUAAGACUGAAACUAAAAUUCAAAAUCAGCGAGAAAAGUUGAGGAAACGCAAUGCACCCUUGUAUAAAGAUCCUUUGGCAAGUUCUAAGCUGGAGAUGAUAAAAAACAUCAGAGCACAGAGAGCAGCAGUAGAAACCAAGAAAUCUGAAACCAUUGAACGAGCUAGGCUAUUGAUUGCUGAAGCUGAAAAGGCAGCCAAGGCCCUUGAGGUUGCUGCAACAAAGAGUCCUAUUGCUCAAGCUUCUCUCAUGGAGACUAGAAUGCUUAUAGCUGAGGCAGUUCAGUCAAUUGAAUCUAUUGAGUCAGGUUUGAUAUCCUCCCAGGAGAAUGGCAAAUACCCUUUACCUUCACCUACACCUACACCUACAUCAAACGAAAUGGAUGGUCAGGCUGACAUGGAAAUAGAUGGUAGAAAGCCGGUUCUGGAUAAAGCAGAUGACAAAAAAGUGAAUGGAAAUCAUAGCCUAGCAUCAAGUAAAGAAGAAGACUUUGAUUUAGGGAAGUUCACCUUGCAGCAUAUACCCAGUGGUGAAGAUGAAUUUCUCCCAGUGAGUUCCAGUGACUACGCUUUGUCUCCCUUUAUUUUUGAGAGCCUAAUAAAACAAUCAGAUUCAGGAGAUGAACCUAACAAAGUGGAAUUGAACAAACACGGUGAAGAAGAGAAGGUCCCUCCAAUCAAUGGGUCCAAGGUAGAAACUCCUGAAGAGGAUAGGCCUUCUAACUUGGUAACUGUAACUAAAAAGUGGGUUUGCGGGAGGCUCGUUGAAGUAGCAGAAGGAGCUUAGUAUCAGCUGAGAAAACACACCGUAACCCUGCAGUGUAGCUUCCCAUUUCAACUCUUUCAACCUGGAUACUUCUCCAACCACAUCCGUUGUUAGUACCACCUAAGAACCAACCCUGCUUUCUUUUCGAGGUUAGCUUUCUGUGGUUGUCAAAUAGAGCUAAUAUUUAUUCGUCGACUAUGAUUGAGAUUGACACACACGCACACAUAUAUAUAAUAUAUAUAUAUAUAUGUGUGUGUGAUACUAUGUCGUUAGACGGGGUGUCUUGGAGCUCUGUUGCAUGAACAGUAAGUGUAGCGGCUUAUUUGUUAUCGUAUUUGACAUUGAAUUCAUUUUGUACUGAUUAAAAAAACUCGCCCUUUGGGCUGUAAUAUAUAUUUCCCAUAUGUUAACAGCAAUACAUCCUUCUGUUAAGAA